CCCAGUGCGGAACAAGUCUUCCAAAUUUCCCAAAUCUCCCUGGGCCGGAGGCCACCCUCUUCCUCCUCAUCUUCCUCCUCUGGGUGGUAUCCCGGUCCACCCCGCGCGCCAGCCUGGUCUGCGGGGGACUCCAGGGAGAGACUGCCCCAGCCAUCAUGGAGGUGGCCGAGGUGGAGAGUCCUUUGAACCCCAGCUGUAAGAUCAUGACCUUCAGACCCUCCAUGGAGGAGUUCCGGGAGUUCAACAAAUACCUCGCAUACAUGGAGUCUAAAGGAGCCCAUCGAGCAGGUCUUGCAAAGGUGAUUCCUCCUCGGGAAUGGAAGCCACGGCAGUGCUAUGAUGACAUUGAUAAUUUGCUUAUUCCAGCACCGAUUCAGCAAAUGGUCACUGGGCAGUCUGGACUCUUCACUCAAUACAACAUCCAGAAAAAAGCCAUGACAGUGAAGGAGUUCAGGCAGCUGGCUAACAGUGGCAAGUGAUGUAGUCCAA